AUGGGGGACCUUAGUGGCGGGAUGAAGUGUGUCAAAUACACACUCUUCAUUUUCAAUCUUCUCUUCUGGGUGAAUGACCUGAUAGAGAACGGCCUGAAUUCAUUGGCAAACAAAAACUACACAGAGUACAGCUCUGCUGAACGGGCACUUAUCGACACUCUUCAAAAGGAGUUGGAAUGCUGUGGUAUGAACUCCACCAAUGACUGGGACCCUAAACCCAGCUCCUGCGACUGUGACAUCUCCUUGGCCAACUGUGUGACGCCUGGGUACUGGACCAGGGCAUGUACACCGCAGGUAAUUGAUUUCAUUGCCAGGAACAUCUACAUCAUCGGUGGCGUAGGGAUCGCCUUUGGAGUCGUAAUGAUCAUCGGUAUGGUCUUUGCCUGCUGUCUGUGCAAUGCUGUGAAGAAAAGCAGAAAUGAAAUAGCCUAGUGACAAUUUAAAUACUAGUAUCAGCUGAUCUUUGUCUGGUUGAGUUUGAGGCAUAUCACUGCAUCACGCCUAAUUUUUAUCCAAAAUGUGUGUUUAUAGAUUUAGUUUGCAUCAACUUCAUUGCACCAAACCAGAUGAGUGUAUUGUAAAAGCUUGUACAUAUGAUUAGAGAGCUGCUCUGGUUUGGGCAGAAGGGAAGCCAGAUAGAUGCUUGUUGUUGAGGUGGUUUUGCUGUGCAGAAGUAGUACAUGUAGUAUCCAGUAUUUGAUUAUACUGUUGCUGGGAUCCCUGACACUAGCGCAGCAGUAGACAGAAAUUAGCAUAAAGUCUACCAAAGUUGAGAAUAUCUAUACAUAGAAAAAGCUUGUGGUCAAAUACUCCAUUGCGUAAAUUCUAACAUGCAAAUCCAGUUUUGAAAAUAUCAUUUGUAUAAAGUUUACCACAUCAUGAUUGACAAAUGUGUUACUUUUACUUUUCUGUGAAACACAUUAUGUUACAUGAGAAACACUCUAACAAUCUUAUACCCAUGUGUUUACUUGGAAGUAAAAGAACAGUUUGAAUCAGUUACAACAAAAUGUCUUCAAUCAGUUCUUUUGAAACUGUACAACCACAACAUUGUGCACUGCACUGCAUUUAAAUGUAUUUUACUACUGGUCAUCAGUAAACAACGUUCUAUCACAUGAAGUCCAAUCACAUUCAUCUUCUAUUUCUAGACACUUUGAACUCUGCAAAAAGGCCAAUAAUCUUUGAGGAAUAAAGUUAUGGAAAUGACAUUCUCAAAUAUUAAAAAUAAAGCAGAAAAUAUAGUCAAUACCCUAGUUCAAUCCAACAUCUGAUUACAUUUCUCACCUCUUACAACAUCAAAUAAUGAACCAUCUUGCCUUACAACUUUUGAAAAAGGCAACAGAAGACACACAUUGCUCUCCUUCAUUAGUUAUUGUCCACAGUAUCUAAAAAUAAACAUUUAACAGAUUUGGGGGAGCAGAAUGUAGAAUUACAUAUAGAAAAUGUGAACCUCAGAAACAUUCAAUGUCAAAGAUAAUUCAACAUGGUGGCUACACAUCAAAACAGUAAGGUGCCAUAGCAUCAAGUAGAGAACUUAAAA